CUCAAAAUCAAAUACCCAUUUAUGGGUUUUAAGAUUUUACCUAUUUAUGAGUAGAGUUCACUUUACUCAUAAAGUGUAGUCCGCAGCUGACAAGAAAAGCGCUCAAGAAAAUAAGCUGCUUUUUACCAAAGAAAUUUUGACAGUUGUUCCAAAGCCUUUCGCCAUCUACCCUCAAAUUUGGUAACUACCAAUGUCAAAGCUACGAGCAAGUCUAAGGCGCCAAAAGGAAGAAAAACAAGUUUGUUUUGUUUUUUUUUUCAUGUUAGCGUCGUUUUUUUACAAUCUUCCCUACGGAUAACAUGUCGUUGCUACGCAAUUUUCGUUUCAUUCUGAAUUUGAUUAUUGCUGCUUCGAGCGUCGUUCUUUUAAAGCGAAAAAGUCAGCGAAAACGAAAGAAGGCAGCGCAUUGGGUUCACCCGUAUCUCGCUGAAAGGAGCAGUAAAGGCAGAUAUGCUACCGACUUUGACGAUAUGGUGAGCGGAGAGAAGUUCUUUAAAGAAAAUUUCCAUAUGUCGAAAAACAGUUUCGACCAACUUUUCAAAUUAGUUGAAAAAGACUUAGCACCAAAGAGAAACACGAGACCGAAAGAUGGAAUUCCUCCAAAGCUCAAGUUGGGUUUGGUGAUAGAGUAUCUGGCAUCUGGUGGUCUACAGAGGCAUUUGGCGUCGUGCUACAGAGUUAGCAAACAGCAUAUGGGGUCAAUCAUUGAUCAAGUUUGUGAUGCUAUUUGUCGUGCCCUUAGUGCUUAUGUCGCAGAUCCAUGCCAAGAAUCAUUUUUGGAAGUAGCCAAUGGUUUUAAUUCCCGUUGGAAUUUCCCAAACUGUAUUGGUGCGAUCGAUGGAAAACAUGUGUCCAUAAAAGCUCCCCCAAAUGCUGGCAGCAUUUUUUAUAACUACAAAGGUUUUCAUUCGUUGGCGCUAAUGGCUAUUUGCGAUGCUUCUUAUCGAUUCACCUACCUGGAUGUAGGUGCUUAUGGAAGCGAAGGAGACUGCAAUAUUUUCAAAGAAUCCAAAUUUGGAACUGAUGUGCUGCACGAUCGACUUGAUUUUCCAGAAAACGCCACGGUCAAUGGUGUUAAAUUACCUUUCUUCUAUGUAGCCGACGAUGCCUUUCCCUUAUGUAAGAGGAUCAUCAAACCGUAUAGUAAGAAAAACCUAUCAGCAGAGGAGCGCAUUUUUAAUUAUCGCUUAAGUAGAGCAAGGCGUUGUAUUGAAAACGCAUUUGGACUGUUGUGCUCAAAAUGGGCAUGUCUGAAAAAGACUUUAUACUGCAGUCCCGAUCGUGCGCAGAAAAUCAUAUCUGCAUGCUGCAUGCUGCAUAACUUUUUGAUUUCGCAUAAGUCUACUGCGUAUUGCCCUCCAGGAUACAUGGACAAGUUUGAUGACGAAAACGUUAUUACAGAAGGAGAAUGGCGCAAGAGAAUUUCAUCGGACUCAUUAUACCAUACGACAUUUUCGGCGAGUGCAGGCAGGCCUUCGGACUACGGCAAAUAUAUUAGAAACGUGCUGAAACAGUACGUAAAUUCAAAUAUCGGUGAACUGCCAUGGCAGCGGCGAGCGGCGUUUGUCGAAUGAUGAAAUCCUAUGUAUUAUCAGAUAAGUUAUGUGAUUAGACAAACAGAUGUAAAAAAUCCAACAAGAAACGUGAACAAUGCGUACACUUUGGCUGAUCAACCAUCUACAAUCAGAUUUAAAAAUUGUCACUAAAUUAUAAUAAACCUUAUGCAUUAAUAACGUUUUUC